AUGGCUGAUGCUGGUUUCUUCAAAGGCACAUCAGCUGAACAGGAUAGUCGAUUCGCUAAUAAGCAAAAGAAGUUACUGAAACAGAUGAAAUUUCCAGAUAAUAUUGAUGUUAAAAUUGAUAGUUCCAAAAUAAACCUUGAUGUGAUCAAACCAUGGAUUGCGAAGCGUCUGCAUGAAUUAUUAGGAAUCGAAGAUGACGUUGUUAUUGAAUAUGUGUUUAAUCAAUUAGAAGAUAAAAAUCCUGAUCCAAAGAUGAUGCAAAUCAAUUUGACUGGUUUUCUUGGUGGAAGCAAAGCUCGGUUAUUUAUUGGUGAACUUUGGAAAUUCUUGGCCAGUGCUCAAGCAUCGCCCGAUGGUAUACCAGCAGAAUUAGUCGAAAUGAAAAAGCAAGAACUACUGAGACGACAAGAAGACGAUCGACUACGCGAAAUUCGCAAGCGUGAAGAAGAUAGCUAUCGUCAAGAUGUUAAACCUGACAUCCAUAAAUCAGAUACUAAAACCAAUUCUCGUCAUUCAAUCACAUCGCGAAGUGAAAACGGGAACAAUGCUGGUGGAUACAAAUCGCGGACACAUCAUGAAGAUGAAAGACGACGUCCAUCGCCUAAAUCACAUCGAACACGAGAUCCACAUAGUCCGGACACGAAGUCACGACAUUCCGAUAAAAAACCUGCCAGUGAGAGCAAGAACGAUCAUCAUCAUCAUCAUCGACAUGACGCGACAAAUGACAGUCAUAAAACAUCGAAAUCACGCUCGCGCAGUCGCAGCCCUGUGAAAUCUAUACGUAAAACUGAUUCGCAUGCUAAAAGAUCUUCGUCGGAAACAAGCAAGACAUCACAUCACGAAACUGACAAGUCUGAAAAGGUGAAAUCUAAAGCAAGGCGCCGUUCAUCUUCGACGAACUCGAGCACUAGUCCACGGCGUGGAAAAACUAUUCAAUCCGUGCAGCAAAAGCCAACUAAUAACACUUCCGAUGUUCCUACUGAAACAAAACAAGGAACACUUAACGAACAAGUUAGCAAAUCGUCAGCAUCGAAAAACAAGCGAAAAUCUUAUACACCGUCUCCUCCACGGUCAAAUAAAAAAGAACCCGUACUGAAAACUAUGGGAAACGUUGAAAAAGUCAAGCCCAAACGAUCGUCAUCGAAAGAGAUCAAAAAGACAAAAAAAAGAUCAAAACGACAUCGAUCCGCAUCGAGCGAUUCUUCGUCCAGUUCACGCUCAUCUAGUUCCAGUUCUUCAUCUUCAAAAUCCAAAUCAUUGGCAUCGUCCAACUCAGAAGCAGAAAGACGAACAAAAACGAAGAAAAAACCGCAAUUGACAGGAAAAGAUUCGCCCAGUCGAUCACGAUCACGUUCAACAGACCGUCAUCGACGAUCUAAGAGAAAGAAAGAUAAUCACAAACAUAGAAAGCAUAACAGUCAUAACAGUAAAUCUUCUUCGUCGAAAAAACAAACUAAGCAGCACGAACGUAAUGAGUCUAAACGAAAGUCUCAUCAUGAUCGUCCAGAUAGAUCAUCGAAAAGAAUGGUAGAUAAAGGUGCAUACAAUGAAAAGAAAACUCGCCGUUCACAACAAUCAUCAUCAGAUAAGGAGAUUCCAUGUCUGACCACGCCGCCGAAGAAACCUCGACUUGAAUCUCAAAUUAGAGUACAAACUCCACCACCAUCAACUAGAUUAGCUGUCGAAAACAAAUCAGAAAACGAAGUCAUGCGACCUUCGGCAACAUCAACUAGAUCGAAUCGAACUGAAAGAAUUGUUGUACUAGAAGAUUCUCGUAAAGAUGGUGCUGAUCCUUUUGCAUCGCGUGUACCUGUCACAGUUAAGUCAUCGGACGAUGAUGCACGAUUGAAAACUAGUGAUAAUAACAAUAAUAGUAGCGAAGAUGAAACCGAAAUUGAUUUACGCGAACGUCUUUUACGAGAAAAGGCGAUCAAAUCAAUGCGCCGCCGACAAUUAUCUAAUCCCAAUAAUAACAAUACCAAACCAAAAACAACAACAAAUGAUCGAAUUGUUUACGAUUUACAUUGA